AUGAAGAUUUCGACUCUCUUCCUCUUCAUCCUCCCCGCCGCUGCCCUCGCCCUCCCAGUCGAACAGGCGCAAGACGCGGGCGUCCAGCUCUACCGCAGAUUCACGUGCCCGCCCAACGUCCAGGACUUUUGCUCUGCGUCCAACAUUCACUCCGGGUGCAGCUCAGACGGAAAGUUUACGUCCAACGCCAUGGAUACGUGCGGCGGCUGUAAAUGUUGA